GCGGCCCCGGCGGAGCUGUCGGCCUUGGCGGCGGCGCGUCCCGAGAUGAGCAGCCCCGAUGCGGGCUACGCCAGCAGCGACGACCAGGCGCAGGGGCGGUGCUCGCUGCCCAUCAUGAUGCCGGCCGUGGGCCCGUGCCCGUGGGCAGAGGCGCUGAGCCCGCUGGGCGAGGCGAAGGCGAAGGGCGAGGCGGCGCCGUCGGGGGCGGCCGGGGGCGGCCGGAGCAAGAGCGAGGCGCGGAUCCGGCGGCCCAUGAACGCCUUCAUGGUGUGGGCCAAGGACGAGCGCAAGCGGCUGGCGCAGCAGAACCCGGACCUGCACAACGCCGAGCUCAGCAAGAUGCUGGGUAAAUCGUGGAAGGCGCUGUCGCUGGCGGAGAAGCGGCCGUUCGUGGAGGAGGCGGAGCGGCUGCGGGUGCAGCACAUGCAGGACCACCCCAACUACAAGUACCGGCCGCGGCGGCGGAAGCAGGUGAAGCGCCUGAAGCGGGUGGAGAGCGGCUUCCUGCAGCACGGCCUGGCGGAGGCGGCGGCGCCCGGGCUGGGCAGCGAGGCCGGCGGCGGCGGCGGCAGCAGGAUGUGCAUGGAGGGCCUGGGCCUGCCCUACGGCGAGCAGAGCUACGCGGCGGCGGCGGCGGCGGGCGCGGGCCACUACCGGGACUGUCCGCCGCUGGGCGCCGGCUUCGACGGCUACAGCCUGCCGACGCCGGACCCGUCGCCGCUGGACGCGGCGGAGAGCGAGGCGCCGUUCUUCGCGGCGGGGCUGCAGGAGGAGUGCGCGCUGGUGCCCUACGGCUACGCCGCGCACCCGGCGGCCGAGUUCGGGCCGGCGGCGGCCGAGAGCCCCGCGGGGGCCGCGCUGCGCCGGCACCUGCCGCCCGGCGAGGCGCUGGGGCCGGGCGGGUCGCUGCAGGGGCUGCUGGGCUGCCCGGCGCCGCUGCACGCCUACUACGGGCAGGCGUGCCAGCCGCCGGGCCCGGGGCGCGGCCCGCCGCCGCUGCCGGCCGGGGCGGUGGGGCAGCCGUCGCCGCCGCCCGAGGGGGGUCCGUGCCGGGAGCAGCUGGAGCACUUGCCGCAGGAAGAGCUGCUGGGCGAGGUGGACCGCACCGAGUUCGAGCAGUACCUGCGCUUCGCCUGCAAGCCCGAGCUGGGGCUGCCCUUCUCCGGGCACGACGGCGGCGGGCUGCCGGCGCCCGAGGCCGCGGGGCCCAUCUCCUCGGUCGUGUCGGACGCCAGCAGCACCGUCUACUACUGCGGCUACCCCGACCUGUGAGGGACUCGCUCGGGGACACGCCACGGACUGGCAGGGAGGCGCCCGGCCCCCUCCUAUUUAUGUAAUUUAUUUGAAUCUUGAGAACUGACAGGGUAUUCAUCACCUGCUCGAGGUUUAAAAGGUGACACGCCGUCUCGCUGUGUGCAGGUAGUGCAGGUCUUACCGUCGCUAUCCAACAGUGAGAGGAAAAACUGUUCCUGCUGUGGAAUCGUGAUACUAUUUACACACUUGGAAUCAUAUUUCUGGGAUCUUGUUAGAGAUCCAUGUCCUUUUGUAAUGUUGUACAGAGUGCUGGUUUUGUAUGUUGGAUUUUGUACAGAGUAAUUUUGCACUUUUACAAAUAAAAAGGAAAAUAAUAAA